CCGAGAGUGAGUGAAUGGAGGCGAUAGGGGAGGCGGCCUGAGAGGGGGGAAUUAAACUGAUCUUCCUGCGGAUUCGACAUCUGCUUAUUUUAAAAUAAACACAAUAAGAUGGUGGACUCUCAGUAUGUCUUGCCCAAUGACAUUGGCAUCUCGCUGCUGGACUGCCAGGAUGCCUUCCGGCUCCUCUCGAAGGAGGAGAAGAUGUAUGCUCACUAUAUCUCACGGGCCUCCUGGUACGGGGGCCUGGUGGUACUGCUGCAGACCUCCCCAGAGUCCCCCGCCAUCUAUGUUCUGCUACAGAAGCUGUUUAGAGCUCAGCCCCUCUCUGAGCUACAGAAAACUGCCACAACCAUUGGCAUGACCUCCGAGGAGUACCAGGCAUUCCUUGUUUAUGCGGCAGGUCUUUAUUCCAACAUGGGUAACUACAAGUCCUUUGGAGACACCAAGUUUGUACCUAACUUACCUCAGGAGAAGUUGAAAGCCCUGGUGUGGCAGAGCGCAGCCUAUAAACAGAAGCCGGAAGAGAUUGAGAGCCUGUGGAAGGUGUGCGGUCAGCUCAUGUACUCUCUGGAUGACAGGCAGAAACAAUUGGGCCUCGGAUCGAAGGGCAUCACCACCUACUUCUCGGGUAACUGUGAGCUGAAGGACGCGGAAUUGGCGCAGAAGUUCCUGGAUUCAAAGGGUAUCAGUGCCUAUAAUACUCGUCUGUUUAAAACGAAGGGAGCUGAAGGCAAAUGGCUGUAUGAGAUCAGGCUUGCCUCUGUGAUUAAUGAUGGUGCAUCAUCAGAAGGCGAACCUGACAACAAAUGUGGUGUUUAUGAGUUUGACGGAGUGACAUUCCAAGUGGUCCGAGGCGAUUACUCCCCACUGUUGAAGAAAGUAGUGGAGAAUCUGGAGAAAGCCAAGAGCCACGCAGCCUCUCCCAACGUGGUGGCGAUGCUGGAGCAGUAUGUCCAGAGUUUCAAGACUGGCUCCAUCGAAGCUCACAAGGAGGGUUCCAAGCACUGGAUCAAAGACGCGGGUCCCAUCGUGGAGAGCUACAUUGGGUUCAUUGAAAGUUAUCGUGACCCAUACGGAUCCCGAGGAGAGUUUGAAGGUUUCGUAGCGGUAGUGAACAAGGACAUGAGUGCCAAGUUUGCCCAGCUGGUGGAAUCAGCGGAACGUCUGCUCCCAGAGCUCCCCUGGCCCAAGGAAUUUGAGAAGGAUCGUUUCCUGAAACCGGACUUCACGUCGCUCGAUGUGCUGACGUUCGCAGGCAGUGGUAUUCCCGCUGGCAUUAACAUCCCAAACUAUGAUGAUAUUCGGCAGACGGUGGGAUUUAAAAAUGUUUCACUUGGUAACGUUUUGGCGGUGGCCUACUCAACACAGAAGGAGAAGCUGACUUUCCUGGAGGAGGAGGAUAAGGAUUUGUACAUUAAAUGGAGGAGUCCGUCCUUCGAGGUUCAGGUCGGCCUACACGAGCUCCUGGGUCACGGUAGCGGGAAGCUCUUCGUUCAGGACGAACAGGGAAAGUUCAACUUCGAUUCGAGCGUGGUGAAUCCUGAGACAGGAGAGAUGGUUAAAAGCUGGUAUAACCAUGGUGAGACCUGGGACAGCAAAUUCUCCACUGUGGCUUCCAGCUACGAGGAAUGUCGAGCAGAGUGUGUCGGCAUGUAUCUCUGCCUUAACAGGGAGGUCUUGAAGAUAUUCGGCCACGAGGGAACAGAUGCCGAUGAUGUUAUAUAUGUGAACUGGCUGACGAUGGUGCGAGCAGGAGUCCUGGGUUUGGAGUUCUACACUCCAGAGACCCAGAAAUGGAGACAAGCGCACAUGCAGGCUCGUUUUGUUAUCCUGCGGGUCCUGCUGGAAGCUGGCCAGGGCUUCGUUUCUGUUCGACAGACCACAGGGGCAGAUGGCAGACCGGAUGCCGUCAUCGCGCUUGAUCGAAGCAAGAUCGCCACUGUGGGAAUGACCGCCAUCAAGAAUUUCCUGAGGAAGCUGCAGGUAUAUAAAACCACAGCAGAUGUGGAGUCAGGCCGGGCCUUGUACUCCAGGUACUCUGAGGUGACUGAUUCGGAACCUCAGAGAUUCCUCACCCUGCGGGAGACAGUCCUACUGAGGAAGGAAGCCAGAAAGAUGUUCGUCCAGGCCAACACCAGGAUAGAAGAUGGCGAAGUCCAGUUUCAGAACUACGAAGCCACGGCCGCUGGCCUGAUCCAGUCCUUUGUCGAGCGAUUCUCUGAGGAUGACCAGUGGCUGGAGUGGAACCUCCAGGAACUCUGUCGGAGUGACUCUCACUGCUGGAACCACGUCUAACGCCCCUUCCUGCCGCAGUGCGUUGCGAUGAACCGGUUUUUAUUUUGUAUUUUUUUGGUGUUUUUUUGGGGGGGGUGGGGGGGGUGGGGUUUGCUUCUUUUUAAUUUGGAAAGCCGGUUCAGAACUUUGAAUCCCACAGAUCAGUUUUCAGGUGAAUUUGGUGUGGACCCCUAUGAACUGAUGGAGUGGGUUAAACGGUUUUUUGGACUGCGGGGGUUCUGUAGUGUACUGAUUAACCUCCCUUUCCACCUACUCCCCUCAGUGCUGGGAAGCCUUCAGACCGUCAACCAGUUGCAGUCUUGACGUGUGACCCAUCCCAGACUGUAAGUGGAACAAGGUUAAACAGCUAGACCCUUUUUUUUUAUAUACAUAAUAAUAAUAAAAAAGAAACCACAGCUCUGGCAGCCGGCCGAGAGUGGGCAAGCUGCUCCCAGAUUUGCUUCAAAUCCCGGUCUCCCAAGGUGCAGGGGGGCUGUGCUCUGGCUGAAAGCACCACCAUGGGGGACCCCCUCCCCCACCUGACCUUUUCAUAAGACAUAGGAGCAGAAAUUAGGCCAUUCGGCCCAUCGAGUCUGCUCCGCCAUUCAAUUAGCACCUACUGUGACCCCUGGUUUCUCUGGCGUGUGGCACCUGACAGCUCCACUCGUCUCGCCGGCACAUUAGUGGAAUUGUACUGUGAUUUUAUUUCUUUCGUUUUUAAAUAAUGCUGAGGGUGGCUGUCGAAAUGACCCUGACUGAUUAAUAUUGGGAAUUGUUGAGGGGGCGGUGGUGAACGGUGAGCGGGUGUUGUGUUUGUGUUCGGGGAUGAGGGUGGUGUGAUCUCCUGGUUGAGAUUGGUCUCUGUUUCUCUAGCUCCUACCAGGAAUAAAAAGUGUCCUUCUCUGA